AUGAUCAAAACAGAAAAGGAAAUAUUACGAAUGAGCCAGGCCGCCAAAAUUACUGAUCAAGUUUACCAAAAAUUAUUAAAAGUAGUUAGACCAGGAAUGAGUGAAAAGGAUUUAGCAAAGAUUAUUCGUAACUCUUUUGAGGAAUUGGGAGCCGACGGGCUUUCUUUUGAUACCAUUGUGGCUUCUGGUGAAAAUGGUGCUUUGCCCCACGCUCAACCUAGCAAUAAAAUUAUUAGAGAAGGUGAAUUAAUUACCGUUGACUUUGGUUGUAAAUAUCAGGGAUAUUGCUCAGAUUUCACUCGCACUUUUGCGGUCGGAAUAAAAUGUAGUGAAAUUGACCAAAUUGUUCGGGACUAUAUUCAACAAAAAGGCUACGGCGAAUAUUUUAUUCAUUCGACUGGUCAUGGGUUGGGAAUUGAAGUCCACGAGGAGCCUUCUAUUUCGUUGCGAGAUGGUACUAUAUUACAGCCAGGAAUGAUUAUCACCAUUGAGCCGGGCAUUUAUAUUCCUGAUUUAGGAGGAGUGCGAAUUGAGGAUGAUAUUUUAAUUACUAAAACUGGUUAUGAGUUGCUUACUAAAUCACCCCGCGAGUUAAUUGUUGUAAAAUAG